AGCUUAAAGGAUUCUGGUCCUUUUUACAAAUACUUCAAGUAGGAAUUCCAUCAUCAUAAAUAUUAAUAUUAGUGAAAAAAGGUAUACUCUUCUGGGGGCUCAGGGUUAGCUUUUUGUUUUCCAGAUGCACUAACCUCGCCUACCAGAGGCCCUGCACACGUAAUUAAAGCCUUGAAAGCGAAGCCUAGAAAUUUUGGACUGUUUCUUCAAGGCCCAGAGUUCUAACCUGAUCUCACACUUUAGCGGCGAAGCCUGAGUUGUUUGUUUUUCUUUUCUCCCCAUCAAUUAUAGCGGCCUGUUCCAGGCUGGGGGAGGUGCAGGGAACGUGAGGGAAAGAAAAAGAGUGAGACUGAUGGAGGGAGAGACCAAAGUAGUUGGCUUUAAAGAGUGAAAGAGAUGCUCGAAAACAGGUAAAACCAGAACUGAGCACAACGCCGUGGACACAGACAGACGAGGAUUUGGUUUUAAGGAGGUGGUCGGCCUUGUUUCCAAACUUUGCUGCGUCCCUUUUUUUUCUCCCCCUCCCUGUUUUUCUUUCUCUCUGGGGUUGUCAUGCAGUGGGACAGCGAGAGGGGCAGACACGCUCUCUGUGAUCCAACGCGGCAUGUUUCAUGUCCGCUUGGCACAGGCGCAGAUCCCCCCGGCUGGCAAACUCUUUUCAGGGCAACCUCCUGUAAUUAGGGGGCUGGGGUGUACCACACUGUGCAGCAUAGCUCUCCUUCUCAUUCUCUGGGUUUUUAAGCUCUUUCCAGCUCAGAACCUCUGAAAUCCAUAUUUCUUUCUCCUCGUAUCAGCUCACCCUUCUUUAUCCCCUUGCGUCUCAAUAGGUUCUUCCUUUCUUCUGCUCUCCUUUUCCGCUGUCCUCUCACUUUUUAGGGUGAACUUCUUUCACUCAAGACAACCAUCAAGCGUUAGGAAGGCGUUUAGACGUAGAUAAAUGCACGUGAACAAUGCUUUUCCAUGAGCUCAGAGCAUUUGAAUCCAUAUCUGCGGCUCGGAGCAGCGCAGUAGAAGAUUUCGGGGCAUCAGAAAGCUGGUUUUGCUAACUAACAGGGCACAUCUGUUUCGCAGAAGCAGCCAAUGAGAAGCCGUGUUAGUCAUUUCUCUUGGCGAGACACGGCCUUGUGUGAAGUGCCUUCAAAACCAACACUGGUGAAGGCCAAGGGCGUUGGUCAAUAUACAUGUGUGUUCCUUUCUGGCAGUCGGGUGAGUACAGAGCUCCGCUACACCAAGGAGAAGCAGGGAGAGGAGUCGGUGUUUACCUCACAGAUGCUCAUUCAGACCCCCAAAGAAGAGGGUGCUGAUGUUCUUACCCAGGAGGCUUUGCUGGUUCAUAUGGAAGCCGCUCUGGCUGCCAGCAGGGUGCAGGUGUCACUGUUUGGAAAAUCAUGGGAUCUUAAUAAAAUAUGCUACAAAUCUGGAGUUCCCAUCAUAGAAAAUGUCAUGAUUGAAAGGAUGAUUGACAAGCUUUUCCCCUGUAUGAUAAUCACACCUUUGGACUGUUUCUGGGAAGGGGCCAAACUACAAGGAGGUUCUGCCUAUUUACCGGGCAUGCCAGAUAUCCAGUGGAUGAAUUUAGAUCCUGUCAAACUGAUGGAGGAGCUAAGCCAGUUCACUUCCCUGGAAGGGUUUAAAGAGAUGCUGGACAAAGCCCAGGUGGGACACGCCUACAUGAACAGGCCGUGUCUCGACCCGUCAGACCCAGACUGUCCUCUCAGUGCGCCCAAUAAGGAACUAGAAGAGAGUCCUGACAUUGCUGGGCGUCUCCAGGGUGGUUGUCAUGGUUUCAGCCGGAAGUUCAUGCACUGGCAGGAGGAGCUCAUCCUGGGAGGGCGGGUCAAAAGCAGCCAGGAUACUCUACUGAGUGCGGAAGCUCUCCAAAGCAUGUUCCUGUUGAUGAGUCCCAAACAGCUGUACGAGCACUUUAAAGACGACUACGAGAUCCACGACAUCAACUGGAACGAAGAAAAGGCCACUGCUAUCCUCGAGUCCUGGCAGAGGAAGUUUGUGGAGGUGGUUCACCAGAGCGUCCCAUCCAACUCCACGCAGUCCAUCCACGCUUUCUCGACCACAACCCUCAAUGACAUCAUGAAGUCCUUCUCUGAUGUCAGCGCUAUCAGGGUGGCUGGAGGAUACUUGCUCAUGCUGGCCUAUGCGUGCGUAACAAUGCUCAGAUGGGACUGUGCCAAGUCCCAGGGGGCUGUUGGACUGGCGGGAGUGCUGUUGGUGGCCCUGUCUGUGGCAGCAGGUCUGGGUCUCUGCUCUCUCCUUGGUCUCUCCUUCAAUGCUGCAACCACACAGGUGCUUCCCUUCCUGGCGCUAGGAAUUGGCGUGGAUGACGUGUUUCUGUUGGCUCACUCCUUCACAGAAACAGGAAGUAAUAUCCCCUUUAAGGAGCGGACCGGAGAUUGUUUACGUCGCACGGGCACCAGCGUGGCUCUGACAUCUAUAAACAACAUGAUCGCCUUUUUCAUGGCCGCCCUCGUGCCCAUUCCUGCUUUGAGAGCUUUCUCGUUGCAGGCGGCCAUAGUGAUGGUGUUCAACUUUGCCAUGGUGCUGCUCAUCUUCCCUGCCAUCCUCAGUUUGGACCUCCAUAGGCGGGAAGACAAGCGCUUGGACAUCCUCUGCUGCUUGUACAGUCCGUGCUCCGAUCGCGUCAUCCACCUCUCGUCUCAUGAGUUGUCGGACGCUGGCGAGCAGCCUCAAGCUUCCACGACAGGGGCGUCGCAUCCACACCAGUACACAGCCGGUUCCACAAUCACCACCAGCACCCAAAUCACCACAACGGUGCAGGCGUUCACGCAGUGUGAUGCAGCGGGGCAGCAUAUUGUCACGAUACUGCCUCCAACGUCACAGAUCUCCACCAGCCCUGCCUCCAUCAUCGUCUGUCCCACCUCACAGUCUCAAGCCAUCUCGCCUUCCCCUACCACCACCCCUGUGUCAGACCCCUACGGCUCCCAGCUCUUCACCCCUACCUCCAGCUCCACACGGGAUCUCCUUGCCCAGGUGGAAGACUCCAAAUCUGGGAAGAAGUGUGUCCCUCUCCCUUUCCUGCACUGGAACCUGUCCAGUUUUGCCAGAGAAAAAUAUGCCCCUUUGCUCCUGAAGCCAAAAAGCAAAGUCAUAGUUGUUGCUCUCUUCCUGGGAUUACUGGGUCUCAGUCUGUAUGGGACCACCAUGGUGCACGACGGCCUUUACCUGACUGACAUUGUGCCCCGUGACACCAAGGAGUAUGACUUUAUCGAUGCCCAGUUUAAGUACUUCUCCUUUUACAACAUGUACCUUGUGACCAUGGAUGGAUUUGACUACGCUCGAUCUCAGCGGUUGUUGAUUCAGCUGCACAAUGCCUUCAACUCCGUUAGAUACGUGGUCAGAGAUGACAACAACAGGUUACCACGCAUGUGGCUGCACUACUUCCAGGACUGGCUUAAAGGUCUUCAGUCUGCUUUUGAUGCUGACUGGCAGGCAGGCAGGAUCACCGCUGACAGCUACAGGAACGGCACGGAGGAUGGAGCUCUGGCGUACAAGCUUCUCAUUCAAACCGGCUCCAAGAAAGAACCUUUCAACUACAGCCAGCUGACCACCCGCCAGCUGGUGGAUGCCGACGGUCUGAUCCCCUCAGAGGUGUUUUACAUCUACCUGACAGUUUGGGUCAGCAACGAUCCUCUGGGCUACGCCGCAUCCCAAGCUAACUUCUACCCCCACCCCAGAGAGUGGAUUCAUGACAAGUACGACACUACGGGGGAAAAUCUGCGCAUUCAAGCUGCAGAACCUCUGGAGUUUGCUCAGUUCCCCUUUUACCUGAAUGGCCUUCGCCAGGCCAGUGACUUUGUGGAGGCCAUUGAGAGUGUGAGAGCCAUCUGCGAUGAGUUUAGUCGCAAGGGUGUGCUCAACUACCCAAAUGGAUACCCCUUCUUGUUCUGGGAGCAGUACAUCGGCCUCAGACACUGGUUCCUGCUGUCCAUCAGUGUUGUCCUAGCCUGCACUUUCCUGGUGUGUGCACUUCUCCUGCUCAACCCCUGGACAGCUGGCAUCAUUGUGUUUAUCUUGGCCAUGAUGACUGUGGAGUUGUUUGGUAUCAUGGGCCUGAUUGGCAUCAAGCUCAGUGCCAUUCCCGUGGUCAUCCUGAUCGCCUCGGUGGGCAUCGGAGUGGAGUUUACUGUUCAUAUUGCUUUGGGCUUCCUGACAGCGAUUGGCAACAGGAACAAGCGCUCGGCGGUGGCGUUGGAGCACAUGUUCGCCCCAGUGGUUGACGGAGCCAUCUCCACACUGCUGGGUGUUCUCAUGCUGGCAGGGUCAGAGUUUGACUUCAUCAUGAGGUAUUUCUUUGCAGUCCUGGCCAUCCUGACUGUUCUGGGAAUGCUGAAUGGUUUAGUCCUCCUCCCAGUUCUCCUCUCUAUGAUGGGCCCUCCAGCUGAAGUCACACCCGUUGACAAUGCCAGCUGCCUGCCAGCACCUUCCCCUGAACCUCCGCUGCCUCCUCCAAUGACCCACCAUGGGUUCUACACAGGCCACCACAACCCGCCGUCGGCGUGUCAGCAAGCCUUUUCAGAGUCAUCCGAUUCAGAAUACUACUCUGAACUGACCACAACGUCGGGAAUCGGAGAGGAGGAUUAUAAGUACUGUGAUCGGAGUGCAUUACAAGGUUUGCACACCGGCGUUCCUCCCGCAACAUCACACAUCCUGCUGGAAGCCAGCAAAAACCCCAGCUUCCCCAAACUCAAGGUGGUGAAGCCUUUCAGGGAAAGUACCGUCGGUGGGAGGGUGGAACCCAAGUGCGAAUUCUCCCACAAUGCACAUUCACCUCUCGGCUCCCAGGUUACCUGCUGGGAUGGAAACAAGCAGGAGCGGCAGAGCGGUCUUCCGAGACUGCAGGCCCAGCCUGCUCAAAAUGUACCCAGCAACAGAGCUCACUUUCCUGGAAGGACUCCUCAAAGCGGCCCCAGGCUUCAGAACAGCAGAGGGCCUCAGCCAAACAGGACUAAAGGGCCGAGCUACAGUCACAGCAACUCUGCACAACAAGGCUCUGCUGGGGGACCUGUUACCAUGGUUACAGCCACCGCCUCUGUGACAGUGGCUGUGCAUCCAACCUUACCAGGGGCGGUGUACCAAGGCUACAUGCAUGAAAGUUUUGACAUGGACAGUGAGUUGGACUGUUUUGAAGCUGCUAAAAGGACUUGUGGAGACAAAACAAACUACUCUUCAUGUAAGAGAGACUCUCUAGAGCUGCAGGACUUGGAGGAGACUCAGAAAAACACAAGGUGAACGGAGGAUCCAGGCAUCCAAAGCCUGCUAGACCCUUUCACACACCGUGUCCUCUCACGUCAAGUCUCUCAACCUGUACAUAGACUACACACAGACAACAGAGGACUCACAUCAAGGACAUAAAUCUAUGAUAUAAAUCUACGAGUAUAUAUUUUAAUACUAAAAACAAGGGAAGCUAUUUAAGAGUACUGUAUAACUUUGGGUAUACUCUUGUGUAAAGAUGUAAAAGAUUAUUUUUAUGUUGGGUGGUUUGAAUUUUUCUUUUCCACCUCGUUGUAUAGAAUAAGAAAUGCUCUAUAUGUUUUCACAGAGAAGUGAGAUCUUAUUAAGGUAUUAGGCUAUUGAGCAUACAUGGUCAGUGUUUUAUAAUGAUGUUUGUUUUGCUGCUACACUUCAGAAUGACUUCUUUUAGUCAAUUUGCCUUAAAAAGUGCAGUACCCAACCCUAAUUUAAGGCGAGUAAAUACCUUUCACAGUAUUACGCUGUGAGAAACUGCAUCUUGACACACUCGUCUGUGUGUUUGCCUUUCACAGCACGCAGAUACUGUUCACCGGACAGCAGUAACCGCCGUGCCUUUCGUACGUCAUUAUCGCAACGUUUCAAGCUCAGUAUUAAAUCCUCACGUUGUUGUAAAUGUGUGUUUGUCUUGUUCAGAUGCAGGGGGAAAAAAAUGUUAUUCAUCACCCUCUGGUUUAAUGUUGCCACCAUUCUAACAGCAUCACACCGAACCCUGAUCAUGUUUUUAUUUAUUACUAAAUCUGAGUCAGGUUGUCCCACCGUCCUCUGCAGUUUGAAACUACUUGAAGGGACUGUGAUGCGUUUUUUCUUCUUCUUCUGCAGUUUCUUGUAAGCUCUAAUAUGGGCGGUGUUUAUUUUUGUCACCUUGUGUUAUUUUUGAAAAGGGAAUUGUAAAAUGCAAAGGGAUUUAUUUUAUUUAUUUUCACCUUUUUCUUUGCCGACUGCUUUUAGAGGUGUAAAAGUGCCGCGUUGUCGCGACUCGCCAAUGUUUCCACACCAGUUGCUUUGACUCGCUUUCUAAUUUCUCUUGAUAAAGUAAAACUCACACGUUUCUUUUUUUUCUUUUUGUUUAUUUUAGGAUUCUCAAUCAGCUCGCUGCACAAACUAUCACACGUUCAGUAUUGGUCUCGUCACUGCCAGGUUAAAACUGCAGGGAUAAACGUGCAGAUCUGUCGUUUUUGUGUCACAAUUUUACUGGCAGCUGUUUUUAUUUUUGUAAAUAUGAAAGAGGAGUCAAGUAGCUACUGCAGUUUUGAAUAAUAAAGCAAUAAAAGCACCAUCUACAUUUCAGUCUGGCGAUUUGGAGGUGAUGUCACAUCCUGGUGAGGGGGGGUUUGUGGGGGGGAGGGAAAGCUCCUGCAUUGGUUUAUUUCAAAAGAACUGUUAAUGUCAUGCCAUAUAAAUUAUUUAUAAUAAAAUUUUUAUUUUUGUAGUUUGUACAGAUGCUAGUAUGUAGACUGAAGUUCUAUUUUUAAAGAGUAAAUAUAUAUUAUAUAUAUAAAUAUAUAUAAUUAUAUCUAUUUGUUGCUGCGUUUGUUCAAUUAUUUUUUUGUUUGUUUUUUUUUUGGAGGGAGGGGAUGACUACAGAUGACUGCAGAGGCCCUUUGUUGUUGUUUUUGUUUGUUUGUUUGGAGCAAAGGGGGCAGUAUGAGGACAAUGAAGGAGAAGGUGUGUGUAGGAAAAUGUUACACCAUUUGUUUUACUCCUUCCUUCUUCAUUGUCAUUUUAAGAUGUUCUUGUCCACGUCUGAAACACUGUGACUUCUGAAAACUAUGCUCAAGAAAAACUCAUAUGUGACCGUGAUGUUCCCUCACCUGUUAUAGAAAUUGAACUAACAAAAUAAAUUCAAUGAAAAUGUGA